GGGGGGCCUAUACCGAGCUGUGAUUGGUUGAUCCAAAAUCAUACUCACCAAUCAACGUCCAAAGAACAACUGUGCCUGUGUCAGACUCUAGCGCAUGCGUAAUGAACAAAGAAACCAAUAAACGAACACACGGGAGCUCUCUGAGAUGGUGCAGUUUUGUUAGUGUUAAGCGAGUGUACAGUAUCUUAUGUCAAGAUGGGGAGCACCAACCCACAAAUUAAGAACUUCAUCAGCAUUGCUUAUGAUUACCGGCGAAGCAGGACUGACAAAAACCUUGUUCAACUUCAGCGUCAUCUACAGAUUUUGUCAGUGGUGAAUGAUUUGAGUAUAUUUGAGCCAACUGGAGUUGAGACAUUGGAGUUUUACGUGUGUCUGGAGCAGUUUCUAAACUCAAAUGAUGCCAAGUCGCCAGUGGUAUGGAAAGUUAUUUCCCUACUUGCUCACAUUUGCAGUUCCCCAACAAUCCGUGUUGCUCUCAGAGAUGAUAUCAAGCUUGUUCCCAUACUGAGCGACUUCUUAGUUGAAUCUAAGCUCAACAAGGACAAGUCACUGAAGACAUUGAAUCUAAUAAAAAAGAUAUCUUACAAACUGAAGAUUGUGCGUACAGAGUCAUGGGUACUGAAGCUUGUACCGUAUCUAGUGAGACAUGUCAUAGAAGAUAACAGUGGAGAUGAUCUCUUAGUACCAGCUCUCACAACAUUGGCAAAUCUCUGUAGAUCCAAUCCCCCAGUUAUGUCAUGCCUUCGUAAUAUCAGCAAUAAUAAGGCACUUGUGCAGAAGUUGACUGACAUGAAAACAGCUACAAUCAACUUAAAACUGUUAGCAUCAGAGCUAAUGUUCUACUUAGAUUUGAGACUCACUGAUCUAGACUUUGGUCUUAUAGAGCAUAUUGUAGAUUUGGUCUUUACUGCAGCAACUGAAGGUUUUAUGGAAAAUAAUAUAACUUGUCUUCAAUUGGCUUCUGAUGUUUUUGGGGAGCUUACAUCAUGUCCAAGUAUUGAGGAACACUUAAAAGGGUACAAAAACUACUCAUCUUAUUUACAACCAUUCCUUGACAACAUGGGUGCUGAGAGCCCUGAGUCCCUUAUUGAAGUACUGCUGGACCUGUUCUCUCACCUUAUUGAGCUCGACCACACACAGAUACAACCACUGUAUAAAGAUUUAUUUUCCAAGGUGAUGUCAUGGAUGCAUUCUGGACAGUGUGGUGUAGCAGCUGUGAAGCUCAUACAGGCUCUCAUAUCUGUUGAUCAAGAUUCACUCAGCUCAGACCGCAUUGAGAACUUCAUUUCCACCAUCACAGUGUCUUUGAACUUUGGGAAAGACUUCAACCUGAGCCAGAAUCGAUUGUAUCACAUCAACGCCCUUUUAACUCUGUUAGAAGGACUAUGCACUCGGGACUCAGCGUACCGCCUCAUACUAGGGGAUAUGCUUCAACCAUCUGUGUUUUCUUCACUUCUGAUGAAAAUUACGAGCAUUGAUGCCCCAUGUGCUCUUUCAGGGAACACCUUAGUUCAGUCCUUCUACUCAGAUUAUGAAUCUAAUAGCAGCAGAUAUUGUGGGUGUAGUAGAAGUCAGGACGAUGUAUCAAGCCUCUCCAUAAAUGACAUGAAUGCCAGCUUCAAGGAGAGCAUGGCACAGUCGGUGGUCCUUAUUCUGACAGUGGUCAAGCUUCUUGGUUCAAAGAAUGCAGAGUUUAUGCUGGUGUAUAGUGAGAUGAUCAAUAACGCAGCACUGAUGACGUACGUGGUUCGAUGUGAGCGUUCCACUGUGCCUGACUUUGUUGCCAGAGCUGUUAUCAUUAUAUCAGAAGGAUCAGUACCAAAUACAAGUAUGGGUUCACUAGUGAAGGCAUUAGAGGAAGCCAAUGCCUGCACUCAUCCUUCCCUGAACUUGAAUCUUGGUGGUCCCAAUGUCAGACUCCCUGGCUCUCGGUCUCAUCCACAGCUUUUCUCACCUGGUUGUGAAGCAAGUGUGGACAGCAUGAUAGAACGACUGGGGGGUACUGUUGAUAAGAUGGAGAUAAAGGACUGCGCUCUCACUGAUAUAAUGGAAAUGUAUGAAUACAAGCUGGCAGCCAUGGCACACGUGGAAAGGUCACUUCAGAAUGCAUUAACUGCAGCAGAUGUACAAAACCGCCAAAGCCACCACUCAAUGCUGCAAACAAGAGUACAAAAUGACCAUCUAAGGAGUUUGCUAUGUUCUUGGGAGGAGCGUCUACAAAUAGCACAGAAGGAGAAGGCUGAAGUGCAAGCAAGCAUUUCACAAAUUCAAAGUUCCGCUCGGCAGCAUCGAGAAAAUUUCCGUAAGGAAAAAACUGACAUGGAAAGACAUAACUUGAACCAGAAGAAGGAAAUAUCAUCGCUGAGAGACCAUCUUGAUAAUCGUGAAGAGGCCAUUCGCCGACUGCAGCGACAGUUAAACGACGCCCACAACGAAAGCAAAAAUCUCAACAAGCAAGUCAAGGAAGAGCAAGAGAAGUAUCAAAGGUCACAAGAUCAAAACCAAAAGCUUGAGGAAGAGCUUAAAAAAGGACGAAGGGAAUAUGAUGAUUUGCAGAAGGAGAAUCAGAGAGUUGAAAAAUUGCAAAUACAACAAAAGAAAGAGAACUCUGAAUUGGAGAUGCUGAUUCACAGUCAUGAGGAAACCAUGUCAGCGAAGGAGAGUGAGCUGGAGGAAAUGACAAGGAAAUAUAAUGAAUUGAAGCGUAUUCAAGACAUGAUUCAUAACAUAUCUGCAGGAAAAUUGGGAUUUUAAUUCUUGUGGCUUCCAAAUUACUGUAGUGUAUUUAUACAUUUUGUAUUUGUUAUUAAUCUUUUUGUGACUUUCGUUUGUAGUAUUUUUGUAUACUUUUUGUACUCUGAAGCCUUUUCCUGCUCGUUACUGGGUGGCUGGUGUUAAAGAGCCAAAUGCACAUACAUUCCCCCUUCAUUCUUUUUUCACUUUAUUUAUUAUUACUGCUAUAAUAGAUGUGCUAUUCUAUGGUACUCCUCUUCCAUAACAAUGCCCUUGAAUCUAGUUUACUUUUGUCACUUCACACACACGCCAGCAUUGCCCUUUAGCAGCACGUCCUGUCUAAAUAAUCACAUGACACCUCUCUCUUGUACUAAGCCAACCCUUAUCUACUCUGCCCAGCACGUCUUUCGAUUUACUGUACUUACACAUCUCCAUUUUAUUAUUAAUUUUUUUUCAGUGGACCCUGUUUACUCCACAGAUUGCUCAUUCCUCUUGUGUCAUAAGUUGAUGUAUCACACCCAUUACAUCAUGUUAGAUCACCAGUUCCCCUGGUCAUUCUCAUCUUUUGCCUCCUUUGCCAUGGUUGUCUUAGCAUUUCUCAAUCCCCAUCCUUCCUUCCUUCUGCUAUUUGUUGUCAUUUCAUUACUCAUCAUUCAUUGGAUAAAAUUAGCCACAGUAAUGGAAAGGAAGAAAUUAUUCUGAGAUUAGCCUAAAACUUCCAAUAUGAAAUGUUCUCAUAUUCUUUCAACUUGCAAGUAAAUUAAUAAUGUUUUAUAAUGGAUAUACUAUAUUUUUUAUUAUUUUAAAAAGCUAAUAAAGAUGUGAUAUACUGUACCUUCAAUUUACUUAUUUUCAACUAAUUAUCUGUGUUGCCUUGUAUAUAUAUUUUGUGAAUACAUAAAACAGUAAAGGUAGAUAAACAAG